AUGCCAAGUCUGGCCUGCGCAGGAGAGGCGCAGCGUGGAGCCCGAGAAGAGCGCGGGGCUGGGGCGGGAGGACGCUCUGGAAGAGUGGGGCCCCUGCUCAUCAGCGAGAGGGGGCAUUUUUGUAAAAAAAAUGGAUUCCAGUGUGCCUUGAAAGAAUGCUGUGUAUCGUUAUUCGAGGCCCUGCCCCCGCCCCAGUGCCAGAAGAGAAGACCACCCCCUGCGGUGGAGCCAGUGCAGAGGAGAGGGGGCAUCCCGGCACACCGGGGGAGGGGCCCUGAGAACACGGGAUGGGAUGUGUGGAUGGUGGAGGGAUGCGUGUGGCUGAGGAUGGCUCAGAGUCUCGCUUUCGUCCCCGGGAAGGCCAAGUCCGCGUGGGGCCAGGCCGUGUGGACAGCCUGCCGGCACCGAGGACGUCUUUGCGUGAAGGUCACGGCCGUGGGCGCGUCGGGAGCCGGGGGCGCGGCGUUGGCCCCAGCCUCGCUCCGUCCAGGCAGCAGCUGCGCCUUAGAGGACACGCCCCUUUCAGCUCUAAGUGCUGCCGCCGCCUGUUAUCGGCCGGCCGCCAGCGGGCUCAGGGGAGAGGCGCUAUCUCCCGUGGCCAUGAAAAUUGAUAUUGAACAUGGAAGGGGAACCUCACAAGCUGAUAGCAAUUAG